UUUCCUGGCAGUCAAAUCCACAUCAUGGAACCAGGGAAUGAUACAAGAAUUUCACAGUUUUUUCUUCUGGGAUUAUCAAAGGAACCAGAACUGCAGUUUCUCAUAUUUGGACUUUUCCUCUCCAUGUACCUGAUCACUGUGUUUGGAAACCUGCUUAUCAUUCUGGCUGUCAGCUCAGACUCCCAUCUCCAAAAUCCCAUGUACUUCUUCCUCUCCAACCUGUCCUUUGUAGACAUCUGUUUCACCUCUACCACCAUCCCAAAGAUGCUGAAUAAUAUACAGACAGGGAAAAGAGUUAUAACCUAUAAAGGCUGCAUCACCCAGAUAUACUUCUUCCUACACUUUGCUACACUGGAAAUCUUUCUCCUGACAGUGAUGGCCUAUGACCGCUACGUGACCAUCUGCCAUCCCCUGCACUACACAGUCAUCAUGAAUCCCCGGCUCUGUGGACUGCUGGUUCUGGUGUCCUGGAUGAUGAGUGCCCUGAAUUCCUUGUUACAAAGCUUAAUGGCAUCAUGGCUGUCCUUCUGUACAGACUUGGAAAUCCCCUACUUUUUCUGUGAGAUUACUCAGGUAGUUCAACUUUCCUGUUCUGAUGCCUUUCUUAAUGACAUUGUGCUGUAUUUUGGAACUGUGCUGUUGGGUGGUGUUUCCCUUACUGGUAUCCUUUAUUCUUAUACUAAGAUAGUUUCCUCCCUACAAAGAAUUUCAUCAGCUCAAGGGAAGUAUAAAGCAUUUUCUUCCUGUGCAUCUCACCUCUCAGUUGUCUCCUUAUUUUAUUGUACGGCCUUAGGAGUGUACCUUAGCUCUGCCACUACCCACAGAUCACAGUCAAGUGCAAUAGCCUCAGUGAUGUACACUGUGGUCACACCCAUGCUGAACCCAUUCAUCUAUAGUCUGAGGAACAAAGACUUAAAGAGGGCUCUGAAAAGAAUCAAUGGGAUGGCAGUUAUAUAA